AUUGACAAAACCAAUGAGAUUUUUACUGAUCCUGUACUUUAAUCUUGUUCUUGGAUCUGGAAUUCUGGUUUGAAGAAAUAAGUUUUUUAAAUAGUUUUUCAGAUUUUCCAUUCCUCUAGAAGAAAAAUAAGCUACCUAAGUAAAUAUGGUACUGUCUAAAGAAUAUAGAAUAUGUAUGCCUAUGGAGGUUAAAGAGUAUCAAAUAGGCCAAUUGUACAUGAUAGCACGUCAUAGUUUUGAGCAAUCCAGUAAUGGAGAGGGUGUGGAAGUGGUAGCCAAUGAAGAAGUCAAUGAUGAUAAAAAUGGUACUGGUCAAUUUACUGAAAAAAGGAUUCAUUUGUCCAGUCAUUUGCCCUACUGGUUACAGUCACUCAUUCCAAAAAUAUUUUAUGUGACUGAGAAAGCAUGGAAUUAUUAUCCUUAUACCAUAACAGAAUACACAUGUUCUUUCAUACCGAAGUUUUCUAUUUCCAUUCAAACAAGAUAUGAGGAUAAUAAUGGAACUAAUGACAAUUGUUUGGGGCUAAGUCCUGAAGAGUUGGAGCAAAGAGAAGUGGACUUUCUGGACAUAGCUUAUGAUGAAAUAAAACCACACCAUUAUAAGGAAGCUGAAGACCCUAAAUUCUUUAAGUCAGAGAAGACUGGGCGUGGACCGUUGGUUGAAGGAUGGAGAGAUACUCAGAAACCUAUAAUGUGCUGCUACAAAUUGGUCAAUGUCAAGUUUGAGGUGUGGGGUUUGCAGACCAAAGUUGAAGAAUAUGUUCAAGGUGCAAUUAGGGAAAUUCUAUUACUUGGGCAUCGACAAGCAUUCGCUUGGAUGGACGACUGGUACAAUAUGACUAUCGAGGAUGUCCGGCAGUAUGAACGCGAAAUGCAAGAGAAAACUAAUAUUAAGGUAAACCAUUCAUCAUAA